UUCACACCUAUUUAUAUUCUUACUAAAAAAUUUACUAAUUAAGUUAUGGAACACAAGUGUUGCUUGUAAAAAAACCCGAAAGAAAGUAAAAUCUACACUUGUCAAACAAAGAGCGUGAACCCAUACAUACUUCUUCUCUCUAUAUAGGUAUGCCUACUUAUACAAACCCACUUUCAUCAAUAUCACCAAAAACACCACCAUCGAUUACCCAUGUCAGAAUCCGGGGAUACAAUGUGGUCCUCGCCACCGGCGACGGCCAUGAACGACACAGGAAACACCCAUUUCGGGAGAAGAAUCCCUAUGCACAUGACAUUCUUCUGGGGCCACGUCACCGAGAUACUCUUUCGGGGUUGGCCCGGAUCCAACUCGGCCAUGUACGGGUUAUCGUUGGUCUUCGUAUUUACUAUGGCCCUCGUCGUUGAGUGGCUCGCUCAAUCUGAUUUCGUCGUACCUGGUAGCUCCGCCGAUCUAACGGCGUCAGUGCUUCGGACUCUGCUCCAUACGGUGCGUUCAGGGAUGUCUUAUUUGGUUAUGCUCGCCGUUAUGUCUUUUAACGGCGGCAUUUUUAUCGCCGCAAUUUGUGGACAUACCAUCGGGUUCUUCGUUUUUCGGACUCGGGCUUUGUUGAGGACAGCCCAUUCGGGUUCGGGUUCGGAAAGACCGUACGGUCAUGCGAUAUGAAAGUUGGAAGAGUUUAGUUUCAAAUUUACAAUUGGUUAUUUUAAUUUGUUGCAUGUUGUUGAGCUAUGACCAGAUUUUUUUUUUUUUGGAGGGAAUUAAUGAGUCCGUUUUAUUAUCAUAGCCAUUACUUUCAAUUUUAAUUUGAAGAAAUAAUUUUUAGUUUAGGCACUUUUUUUUCUUUCUUUCUUCUUCUUGUGAAUAGAAUGAUUUUUAUCGAAUAUAAGACUGCAAAUACAGACAAGUAUUAUAAA